AUGACUCUUACAGAGUUGAAACCGGGCACGAUGAAAGGCUUUGUUGACCCAUAUUUUGUUAUUAACUCACUCGAAAAUUGGGACUUAUGCUCUUUUGCCAAAUCGUUUGAAGAAUCUAAAUUUACCAGGAAGAACUGCUUAUAUUUUUAUAAGGAAGGAUUGAAAAAUAUUUGCAAUAUGCCCGAAUUUGACGAUAAGCAAAAAGAUAAGGCAAAAGAGUUGCUCUUUUCUUAUAAAGAACAGAAAAAGCAAAAUUUAAAAAUGCUAGAAGCUCUCGAAAAUAAAAACAAUUCUUAUUCGGCUAGGUCCGUUAUUUUCCAAGAUAGGCUCGCACUAUUAGUUGAUACCGCAAAAUCUGCGAAUGCCACGUUAAACGUAACGUUUGCUCAAGCGAUGCUUCUUGCAUCACCAGAACAAUAUCCAUUAGGACAAUCUCCUUUGGAACAAUCUCCAUUACCAGAACAGUCAAGACACGAUGUUAACCAAGUUAGUUUGAAUCCUUUUCUAGCUGGUAGCAAACAUGAUCGUGAAGAGGAAGAAGACAAUUCUGAGGAAGAAUAUAACGCGGAUCAAACCAAACCACCAAAAACAAAGCCUGAAUAUUAUGACGUAAUUUUUUUCAAUGUAAUAGAUAAAAAUGGAUUUCUAGAGACACUAGGAAAAGAUUCUGUUGCACGAAUGCUUGAAGAUAUAAAGGAGGAGGAAGAAGAGACAGAAGAGACACAAGAUAAUAUAAAACAAAAGAUCAAAUCGUUACUAGAUGGAAUUAUUUUACGUGAUAUUAGCAAGACUAAAAACAAAUUUCAACAGUAUAAAGAUCACAACAAUUCUUUCGAAAAAGUUUUCGCAUUGAAUUUUAUAGAUCAUAUGAUAAAGCUGAUGGAAGGAUCAAAUUUGCUUCUCGAGCCCAUGUCAGAAGGAACCUACAUUAAACAUGCCUUAAAGCAAGCGCUAAGAGAUAUAAUGAUCAAAAGGAGGAUGACAAUCGCCGAUCUCCUGGAAAAAAAGAUAGACACGAUCAUUACUUUAAAGGAGGAAGAUGAGGAAUUCUCUGUCGUUGAAGUUAGUGGGCCUCCCUUAAAACAAGAUUGGACGCACUUUAAAGGUGACCGAAUGAAAAUUAUUAAAAUGUUGAAGACCUUGAUGAAUAGACUAGCGGAACUUCGUCCGAAUUCUAACAUUAGAAAAAUUAAACUUUAUGCGAUGCAAUCGUAUUUAAAUCAGUUGACUGUCUACGAAUUCCGUCUCAAAUACGCUGAAGUCUAUACAAUGAUAGAGGUAUUAAAAAUUCCCUUCCCAAAAUCGUGGAAAGACAUGAAAGGUGCUUGUGAGAUCAUAAUCGACCUUUUGAAAUAUGAGCGGUUACUAUCCGAAAGUUCGGAAACUAUCAAAGACUUUUUGUGGAAUGAUUACGAUACGGGCAAGAAUACUCAAAUGACAAAAAUGACAACUAGAAUGAUAUAUUCUCCCGGACGCAUUAAGAAGACACGAACUAGUUAA